AUGCCAUCCGCAGCAGCAGCAGAGGCAUCAGAAGCUGCUGCCAGCGCUGUCGAUGCUCCGCAGCAGCAGCAGCAGCAGCAGCAGCGCGCAGUGCUGCGCUGUGGCGAUGUAUGGAGGGGGCUCUACAGGCCAACUAUUUACCCGGGGCGCGGGGGCUUUACAGAGGCGGAUAUAAAGGACAUUUGCUGCCACUUCAUGCUGCUCGUUUGUCAGCAAAUCUGCAGCAGCAGCAGCAGCAACAGUUCUCUAGGCCAACAGCCGUCCUCAGGGGGAUUGCAAGCCCCGGUUGAUGCGGCGGCUGGAGCAGCAGCCCAAGCCCAAGGUCCUGGCCAGCAGCAGCAGCAGCAGCAUGAGCAGCAGCAGCGCGAGCAGCAGCAGCAUGAGCAGUGCGAGCAGCGGCAGCAGCAGCAGCAGCAGCAGCAAAGCCGGCUGCCUGCUGAGGGCACUUUCGAGCUGUUUGUGUCUGCUGCUGUUUCGCGAGCAGCCUGCUGCCUUUCAAAGCCAAUUCCCUUAGAAGACCCUCAAGAUGUGUUUGCCUUUCUCAACACUGUCUGGGAGACACUGCUCCUUGAUGAGGAGUUGUUUACCACGGCGGAGAGGGAGGGCCUGGAGACUGACACGGAGACAGAGGAGUUGCUGCCAGCAGCAAAAGCUUACCAAGAUUGUAUGAGUGCUGUUGAAGCAGCUAGCAGCCAGCUGGCUGCUGCUGCUGCUGCUGCUGCUGCUGCUGCGCAACUCACGCGGGACGAGCAGCUUCUGCUGCAGCGGGCUGGGCUCGUCUACCUGCUGUUCUGGCUCUACUUCACCCAGCCCUUCAGCAGCAGCAGCAACAGCAGCAGCAACAGCAGCAGCACUGAGGGAUCAGGAAGCAGCACCAGCAGCAGCACGGAGCUGCCAACAGCCCACGUGCUGCAGCCGAUCCGUCUGUCCAUCCGGAGCGGGGGGCUGCUGCUGUCGCUGAGCCGCUGCUGCGUUGCUGCUGCUUGCAUGCAUGACUGCCCGCGAGCUGUGAAGUACCUUUACUGCUGCGGGGCUUUCAACUUUUCUCUUUUGCUGCUAAGGCCUCCUCUAGACUGUCACAUUGACAAAAGUGGAAAGCCCUUGGACGUGGCUCGGCGGCUGCUGCUGCAGGGCGAGCUCAGGAGACCCCUGAUACUUCACAAGCCCUUAGCAAAAACAAUUGGUCAAGACCUGCACGGAACAUUGGAUCCGCUGCUGCAGCGGCUGCAGCGAUCUGCAGUGUACGUACACCGCAGCGGAUCCCCGGGAGAGCUGCUGAGUAGUCUGUAUGAAGUUGACCGUCUGCUGAAGGAUGUUGAAAAGGAAGUUCCUGCCUUCUUGCAGAGAGACAUCUAUUCGUGA